AUGAAGCUUCUUAUGGCACAAGCGGCGGCAGCGCUCGCACAGAUUGACUCGUCAAGUGCCAACACAAUGGUCACCGUCGACGUUAUCGGCAGCGAAGACUACAUUGAGGCCGGCGGCAACACCACCCUCACUUGCUCAUGGAAUCUCCCAGUCGACUCCGAAGUAUUCUGCGACUACGAAGGAGUUGAAGAUGAUUAUGAUAGCGUUGAACAGUGCAGACAGGCCUGGGAGGCAUCGGAGGAAUUGGGACAUCCUGAGUUCAACCCUGACAACUUCCAGCUCUUCUGGAAACUCGAUAUCAACGACAACAACCACAAGUCGCUCCUCUCGUGGCGAGUCGGCCAGGAACCCCAGAUGUACAAGACCCGAUAUGCUGAGGGCCUCAUCUUCAAUGGCGACUUCGAUGCUCAAUCCGCUUCUCUUGUCAUUCCCGAAGUCACCAUUGGCCACGAUGGUCUCGAAUACUCCUGCGAAGUCCACUGGGGAGGAACCUACGGUGAACAGAACGUCGAGCUCACUGUCUACCAAAACGCCCAAGCCGUCGAACUCGCUACCAUUGAGGACGUCCUUGAAGGCCGAGACCAACGAAUUGGAAAUGAAACUAUCCCUGCUCAGGAGAGCUACGAUGUCGCCGAGUGCGUUGUCCGAUCCGUCUACCCAGAGCCCGCCACCGUCACCUUCCUCUUGAACGGCGUUGAGCACGCUGUUGAUGCCGCCGAUGUCACCCCUAACGGUGAUGGAACCUUUGAUGCCUCCGCCACUCUUACUCUUGCCCCUGAGGGCCAGUUCGAUGGUGCUGAAGUUUCUUGCAUCUCUGUCGCUGCCCCCACUGCCGUCACUGUUGAAAACGAUGAAGAGUCUACUUUCGCUGUCGAAGUCUUCUACUACACCAAUGAGGCUAGCAUUGAAGUCACCGGUGGCGCUACUGCUAUCUCCGAUGAAGACUACUACGUUAUCGAGGGCAACAGCUACCAGGUGUCCUGCCAGGCUAACGGAAACCCCGCUCCACUUGUUCAAAUCCGAAGUCUUGAUGGAACCGUCAUCUCCGAGGAAGACGCCAUUGUCGCUGCCCGAAAUGAGAAGGUCCAGCUUACUUGUGAAGCUUCCAAUAACAGCCCCGCUAACGAAACUUUCACUGCUGGUCUGGCUAUCUCCGAUGUUGCCUCCGUCGAUGUUUACUACAUUGAUGCCCCCGCCGCCGGUACCGAUGAUGAAGCUGAAUACGACAAGGAAUACCGAAAGUCCUGUUCUGCCAGUGGAAACCCAGCUCCAAAGAUUCAGUGGACUCGAGCUGGCUCUAGCACUGUUAUCUCCGAGAAAGACCUCGUCCUUGGCAAGGUUACCUAUAACGAUGAAGCUGAAUACACCUGCACUGCUACCAACACUGCCGGUUCCCAGUCUGACUCCUUCGAACUCAGCGUUGAUGGCCCAUGCGUUGUCCGAACUGAAGAGCCUGUUGCCGGCACCUCUGGCGAAGGCGAGCACGCCAGUUUGAGCAUCAUGUGCGUUGUUGCUGGCCCACGUGAGAAUGCCUGCAAAAUCAGCUGGCAAGGACCAGUCGGUCUUGAGGAAACUUUCGCUCAGAGCGAGCAGCUUCCUAAGGAAAAUGGAUCUCUUCUCCUCUUCAGCAACCUCGUCAAGCUCAGCGAACCAACUGAGUUCACUUGCUCCGCCAGCAACUCUUACGGAGUUCGAACUGCAGUCGCUCAAGUCAACGCUGAUCACGAACCAGCCUGCUGCCAACCAUCCCGAAACGCAUCCCUCGGAACUGGUGCCAUCGUUGGUAUCGUUAUUGCUAUUCCCGCCAUUCUCAUCAUCGUCGGCGCCGCUGUGUUCUUCUGCCGCAAGCAGCAACAGGAUAAGGAUGAUACUUGCGUUGAAGAGGGUGAUGAUGCGGCUGAUGCCGAGAAACAGCCGCUUCAAGCUUCUGAACCAGAUGGAGAGGGAGGGGAUGCUGGAGACGACGCAGUCUAA